GAGCCAAUAGCGUUACAGCCCGCCUCUCCGCGGGAAGUAGAUGCAGGAUCACGUGACUGUGCUUGUAGCUGGGAGGAGUCAUUGGGCUGCGGAAGUUGCCUCGGAGAGCGCACCCAGGAGGAUCCGUUAUUCUAUAUGCACCUCCAGUCCAGGCUGCAGACUGGGUAUCGGUUACUACAUAUCCAUACCUUAGCAACUCGGUAACCACCAGAACUGCAUGGGAGAGCGAUCGACCUGAAUCAGAGAUGGAGACGGACACCAACAAAUCACCACAGCGCGAGACAGACCUUUCCCUUUCUGCUGCUAUUGGGGACUCCGAGGAGCACAAAGGACUUGUUAAGUCUGGGGAAAGUGUGUUGUCUCGUUCUGAUGCCGAUGUCUCUCAGUCUGAUGCCGAUGUCUCUCAGUCUGAUGCAGAUGUCUCUCAGUCUGAAGCCGAUGUCUCGCAGUCUGAUGCCAACAUCUCACAGUCUAAUGCUGAUGUCUCACAGUCUGAUUCCAACAUCUCGCUGUCUGAUGCCGACGUCUCACUGUCUGAUGCCAACGUCUCACUGUCUGAUGCCAACGUCUCCCAUUCUGAUGCCAACGUCUCCCAUUCUGAUGCCAACGUCUCCCAUUCUGAUGCCGAUGUCUCGCAGUCUGAUGCCAAUGUCUCGCAGUCUGAAGCAGCGAAGCUCGCUUUACUAGCUGCUAAUUCAGAGCCUGCUUUGCCCCAAGUCACUGGGGUAAAUGAGGACGAUCCUGGGGAUCAAAACCGUAAUGUACGUUCUGAGCUUUCGGUGAAUGCCGGUCCAGUUCAGGGCCCUGCUGAUCUACAGAGCAAGGGGGGUGCAGAAGCAACACAAGGGGGAGCACAGGGUCCUUCUCAUGGCAAGAAUAAAAAUAUUGUGCGACUGUGUUGGGCAGGGGAUGAGGCUCACCCUCUAGACAGGGGGCGAGUGUCCAGGCUCUUGUUCGACUCUAUGGGCUUUCGCUCCGAUGACAUAUUUGCCGUGGCCGAGGUGCCUCGCUCCAGGUUCGACGUCUGUUUCCAAUCGGCGGAGUCUCUGCCCAAGUUCUGGUCCUUGUACAAAAGAAAGCGCACCACCGACAUGUGGCGAUCUGUCCAAGCCCGGCCCGUGUCCAGCUCACAAGUGAAAGCCGUCACCAUAGCGUUCAAACACGAGAUGAUCCGUCGGAAAGACGUUCUGAGCUGGCUCCAGCAGCACUGCACGGUCCUCAGCCCGGUGAGACGCGUGAGGGAUGAGGACGGCAUCUGGAACGGGGAAUGGAGAGCGCAGGUCAAGCUCAACGUGGUGGACAAUGUCCUGCAGCAUCUGCCAAUCACAUUCUUUAUAUGGAACGAGCGGGGCGUGGUCUCGUAUUUCGGGCAGCCCCGCCUCUGCUACGUGUGUGCUUCUACAGAGCAUUUUGCCAGCGACUGCCCCAUAGAGAAACAGCGAAUGAUCGAUGAGUACAACCUUUCUAGGAUGGAGGAUUACGAUGAUUACGAGGCACAGUAUUAUGGGUACGGCACAGAGACUGCUUCCUGCCGACAGGCCGGGGGGAUAAGGCUUUAGACCGCCGGGUGUUUCUAACGUUAGCGGUGAGAUUCCCACAACAACACUGGGCACAAAGGCGAGAGAGUAGAAGUUGUAUCGAAUUGUAGCGCCAGAUGCAUCUCUUUGUUCAGUUGCUUCUUCCUCAUUUGGCGAAAUCCACUUUCCUUUUUAUAUAGGAGACGCUUGUAGUAUCGGCCGACCUCCCUCGGUCACCGAGCUUCUUAAAGGAACAGUAACGCCAAAAAUAUGCAAGCGUAUAAAAGUAAUAACGAUAUAAUAUACGGUUGCCCUAAGCUAUAGUAGGGACCAGUUGUACCAGGGCAGCAGUACAUUCAAUUUUAUUUACUUUCAUGUUUUGGUGUUACUGUUCGUUUAAUAAAGAGAUGACCAGCAAACUCAGUGACGACGUUGCCUUUGUUGCAGAGGCUCUGAGUUUCGGCAGAGAGGAGUCCCACCUCCGACAGAAUUACAUUACAUCCUUGUCAUCAACCAAUCAGCCCAGGUAUCUUUUCGAGUCAUGUCCUCAUUACCCAUAGGCUUAUUGCUGUAGUUGUACCAACAACUCUCUUGUCAGACUCUCAGAUCUCUAAAGGUGCCCAUACACGCUAAGAUCCGCUCGCUUGGUGAGGUUGCCAAGUGACCGGAUCUUCUCUCGAUAUCCCCACCUACAGGUGGGCGAUAUCGGGUGAAUUCAGGCUAAUUCGGUUGUUUGGCCCUGGGGCCAAAGUUAGGCGCAGUCGGUUUGGGGGCCGCAUCAAUGAGCCGAUGCAGUCCCCUAAUUUUUUAAACCUGCCCGAUCGAUAGCUGGCAGAUUUCAGGCCAGAUAUGGGUGGGGCAGGCCCGCCGGCAGUGCCCAUACACGGGCCGAUUAGCUGGCGAAUCUAAGGGACCCAUAUCGGCAGCUAGAAUCGGCCCGUGUAUGGGGACCUUUAGGGAAGGAGGCAGAUAUUCAGCUCGUUAGGGCUUCUGUUAGAUUACAGACACGUAAUUGGGGCAGCCCAUAGAUGACACCAGAGGUAGUAGAUACCAGGAACCCUAUGUGCUUAGCCUCCGAGGCCACUACCAUUGAGAGGACUGACUCGGAGGGUUUUGUGUUUGUUUUAUGACAUAUGUCAUAAAAGAGAGUUUUUGUUAAUUCUGCAGUUCAUUUUUUUUGAUUAUAAGACACAUUUUGUGGAAUAAAAAGUAAAAAUGCAAUGCUGUACUACAAAUCCCAGCAUCCCUCAGAGCCCCCUAUUGGGAGUUAUGUUUAACUGUUUGUGUUGCUUUUAAUGAGACCCGUUCAUGAGAGAUAGUGGUUUAUACUCCGUAUAACAUCUUGUCCAGAAGGGAAUCCCCACAGCAUUGGACUUGGUAUAGAACCGGCCCAGUCUGUUUAGCUGGAAGGCUGGGCCCCCGAUACGUUACUUUUAUUACAAGGUACUAAAUCAUAUAUAUAUAUAAUAAUAAUAAUAAUAAAAGGCCGUGGGUUUUUUGUUAGAGAAAUUGCUUUAUCUCUGUAUAUUUUUGAGCAGAUUUCCUCCUGUUUGGAAGUUACUAACGGUUUAUUAAUAAACAGAGUUAGAUUUCA